CAACUCAAAGACCAAUCUCAAUCAUGUGUCACGAGCGGUCCAGAUUCCAAGAUUAUCGUUGAAUCUCCUAUUAUGAUCACUUGUCCUUCUUGUGGACACAAGAUCCAUCACCAAGACGACCAGUCAAAUUUGACCCGUCGGAUAAAGAGAUCCUUAUGCAUUUGGAGGCGAAGGUCUCAUCGGAUAAGCGAAAACUUCAUCCCUUGAUCGAUGAAUUUAUACCAACGCUCGAAGGAGAGAAUGGAAUUUGUUAUACGCAUCCUGAGAAACUUCCUGGAGUAAGCAAAGACGGGCAAGUACGGCACUUCUUCCAUCGGCCAUCAAAGGCUUAUACGACCGGAACACGAAAACGAAGAAAAGUGAGUACAGAUGAGGAAGGACACGAGACAAGGUGGCACAAAACGGGCAAGACCCGACCCGUUUUUUCGCAAUCAGGAGAAGCCGGUUUCAAGAAGAUCCUAGUGCUCUACACCAACUAUGGUCGCCAGAAGAAGCCGGAGAAGACGAAUUGGGUGAUGCAUCAGUAUCAUUUAGGCAACAGUGAGGACGAAAAAGACGGUGAACCAGUCCUAUCUAAAGUCUUCUACCAAACACAACCUAGGCAAUGCGGCAAUUCAACCGAACCUAAACCAAAGAAUCUUGUAAACCUAAACCGGUUUAGUUAUGAAAAUACUCAGACCGGUUUUGGGUAUGAGCAUGGAGGGAAAAGUGAAGAGGCGUCGCAGGUGAUUCGAGAGUUGGUGGUUCAUGAAGGCGAUGGGUCAUGUUCGUUUCUUAGGUUUACUUGUGAUGCAAGUAAGGGUAAAGAAAGCUUCAUGAAGAAUCAAUAGAACCUAAUAAAUAUAAAUGGAGAUGGAGUAAAGAUGAGGAAAAGAAUGAGAGGGCACAGAUUCUUUGUGUAGGUGUUGGGUAACUACCAUAGUAAACUAUCUCAAAAGCUUUUGGGAGAUUUAGGUUUUAAGCUUUUUUUGGGGAUUUACCUGGGGGAGUAACUUUAACCUCGCCAGACAUUACUGAUCUUUUUUUUUUUCUAUUUCUGAAUAAUAUAUGUCUAAACAAUACUGUAAUAGAUCUUCUUUUUCAAUUGUUGUAAUAAUUUAAGCUAAUAAAUAAAGGAUAUUAUAUGGAA